GCAGCGCCGGCGGCAGCGUCUGGUCUCGCCCGCAGCCCCAGCGUCCCGCCGGCCCUUCUCUUGCCGGCGCGCUGCUCGCCUCUUGCCGCGGCCGCAGCAUCCUGCGGCGCCCGAGUUCCGAGGGCACAUCCCCGGGCGCUGGGCCCGAGGCGGCCAAGACGGCGGGCCGGCCGGGCACGGGGCGGCGGGCGCUGUGCUGCGGGCUGCGCUGGUGGGGGGCGGCGGGCCGCGGCGCGGGCCCGGGGCCCGGCGCGUGCGGCUGGGAGGCGCUGUGGGGAGCGGGCACUCGGGCGGCGGCCGGGGCCAUGGCCGAGGGCGGCGGGGGCGCGCGAAGAAAGGCGCCGGCGCUGCUCGAGGCCGCCCGGGCGCGCUACGAGAGCCUACACAUCUCGGACGAUGUGUUCGGAGAGUCAGGCCCGGACAGCGGCGGGAACCCUUUCUACAGCACCUCGGCCGCCUCGCGCUCCUCUUCGGCAGCCUCCUCGGAGGAUGAGCACGAGCGCCCCGGCUUCUCGGGGACCCUAGCCAGCCCGCCACCGCCUCUCCGCGCCCCAUACGCGCAGGAUCCUGAGGAGGACGAGGCCAGCGCUGGCUGGAGUGCCACGCUACGGGACCGGCCGCCUCCCCGCUUCGAGGACACUGGCGGUCCAACCCGGAAGAUGCCCUCCAGCGCCAGUGCUGUGGACUUCUUCCAGCUCUUCGUUCCAGACAAUGUCCUCAAGAACAUGGUGGUGCAGACGAACAUGUAUGCCAAGAAGUUCCAGGAGCGGUUCGGGAGCGACGGGGCCUGGGCCGAGGUGUCACUGACGGAGAUGAAGGCAUUCCUGGGCUACAUGAUCUCCACCAGCAUCUCCCACUGCGAGUCCGUGCUCAGCAUCUGGAGCGGUGGCUUCUACAGCAACCGGAGCCUCGCCCUGGUCAUGAGCCAGGCCCGCUUUGAGAAGAUCCUCAAGUACUUCCACGUCGUGGCCUUCCGCUCCAGCCAGACCACGCAUGGCCUCUACAAGGUUCAGCCCUUCCUUGACUCCCUGCAGAACAGCUUUGACGCCGCCUUCAGACCUUCUCAAACGCAGGUGCUACAUGAACCCCUGAUCGAUGAGGACCCUGUGUUCAUAGCCACGUGCACAGAGCGGGAGCUGCGGAAGAGGAAAAAGCGGAAAUUCAGCCUCUGGGUCCGGCAGUGCUCUUCCACGGGCUUCAUCAUCCAGAUUUACGUCCACCUGAAGGAGGGUGGGGGCACUGAUGCCCUGGAUGCCCUGAAGAACAAACCCCAGCUCCACAGCAUGGUGGCCCGGAGCCUGUGCCGGAAUGCAGCUGGCAAGAACUACAUCAUCUUCACGGGGCCCAGUAUCACCAGCCUGACCCUGUUUGAGGAGUUUGAGAAGCAAGGGAUCUAUUGCUGUGGCCUGCUUAGCUCCAGGAAGAGUGACUGCACUGGCCUCCCACCGUCUAUGCUGACCAACCCGGCGAUCCCUCCUGCCCGGGGCCAGUACCAAAUCAAGAUGAAGGGCAACAUGUCCCUAAUCUGCUGGUAUAACAAAGGGCACUUUCGCUUCCUGACCAAUGCUUACUCCCCCAUGCAGCAAGGUGUCAUCAUCAAGAGGAAGAGCGGAGAGAUCCCCUGCCCCUUGGCUGUGGAGGCAUUCGCUGCUCACCUUAGCUACAUCUGCCGAUAUGAUGACAAGUACAGCAAGUAUUUCAUUUCGCAUAAACCCAAUAAGACCUGGCAGCAGGUCUUCUGGUUUUCCAUCAGUAUCGCCAUCAACAAUGCCUAUAUCCUGUACAAGAUGUCAGACGCCUACCACGUGACGAGGUACAGCCGGGCGCAGUUUGGCGAGAGACUCGUCAGAGAGCUGCUGGGGCUGGAGGAUGCCUCGCCGGCCCACUGACGCCAGCAUCACAUGGCCAGGCGCGGAAGGGGAUGCAGUCGAGGUAGGAGGAAGAAGAGGAAGAGAGCCUGCUGCUUCCAUCUGCCCAGCCCGAGACCCCCGGGUGCCUCGGGGUGUGGGCUGAGGACGGCGCCUGUCCCAGUUUCCACCGGAACUAGAGCCUGUCCCCUGGCAGGGAGCACUCUGCAGGCACAGGAGCUGCACCCUGGUUCUAGAGGGUGCUCUCUCCUCACCACACUCUUGAGGCUUGCAAGGCAGUGGCAGCAGUGGGUACCAGGAAGGCUGUGAUGGCACGGCAGGAGAUGCUUGUGCUAGGCUGAGCUGUAGGAUGCCCUGGGAGUCACACCUGCAUAUUGAAGAUGCAAGGCGAGCUGGAGACCAGGCUCAAGUUCACAGCGGGGGAAGCAGGCCCUAAUGGGCUCUGCUAGGCUGGGGUGGUUCACGAGGUUGGCAGGGUUUCAGGCGGCAGCCACAUGAGGGAGUAGCUUAUAGCAGGUACCUUAGAAGAGUGAACACAGCCCGGGGGCACCGCACAUGGAGACAGUGGGAGCGUCUAGUCAGUGAACAGAACAGCCCUCCCCCACCCAUUCCUCCUUUCCUCUCUGGCUGGCGGGUGGGGGGAAGAGGGAGUACCAUGGAGGGUGAUGCUAUUUUUUACUUUGAGAUGUCUUCAGGUUAUUUUCUUACUGUUGCUAUAAAAGGAAGGAAUUGCCCUUCCUACCCCAGUCACACUUCCUUGCAUGAUUGCGGUUCUGUGUGUGUGCCCGGCGUCGAGCCACAAUCAGGGGCCAGGCGGUGGCUUGUGUCCAGCACGGAUCCUGGGCACCUGCAGUCCUUAAGAGUCAUCACCAAUGUCACCAUCAUUGGCAGGAGUCCUUGUUUUUGAAAAUGUGUAGCAUUGCUGAAACGAACAACAGAACCCUCCACGGAAGACUGUCAGCCAAUGUCCUUCCUCUCUGGGCAGUAACCCUGAUGGCCUCUGCCAUCCUCAGAAAAGGACAGACAGGUGGCCUUGGGAUAGGACUGUGGUGACACUUGGGAUGGGUGUGACUUGACCCAGGAGCCAGAGGGGAUGGCUCGGGAAAGACCAGGCAGGGAACCCA